AUGUCUUCCCGACAGUCAUCUCCUCAUGCCUCAGAGCGCACGCCUCUCCUCUCCAGAGUCGAAAACUCCGAGUCUGGCUCUGUCAAUCAGCCUAAUGGUGCGGUAGAUCAUCCAAAUGACGCCGCAUCGAUCUCCGAAUCGUUAGAGUCGACACAGAGCAAGAAGCAAAAGAGGUGGCCGACAGUCAUAGCGUUGACAACACUGUGCCUCGCGGUGCUGAUUUCCUGCUUCGGGUUUGCUCUUCCUUCAGUCGUCGAAGAAUAUGCAAAGGAAGCAGUGGUAUUUGAACCUACGAACCUGUCCAUCGACUCCUUCGCAUCCUUUGGGGUCCGUGCCAGGGUUCAAGGGACACUCUACCUAGAUGCGAAAAGAGUAAGCAACAAAGUCACAAGAGACCUCGGGAGGUUUGGAACAUGGAUCGCAAGAGAAGUACAAAGUGGAGAGUCAGAAGUCAAGGUCUACCUACCAGAAUACGACAAUGUCCUGCUGGGGACAGCGACUAUUCCUCCUGUCAAAGUGAACAUUCGGAACCAUCACGAGAAUCAUGUUGAUAUCCUGGCGGACCUGGAACCGGGUGAUAUGGACGGGGUUCGGAGGAUAGUUAAGAACUUUAUGGACCGCAAGCUAAAAGAGCUGACCGUCAACGCUGUCGCUACCCUUCCAUUACGCAGUGGUUUAAUCAGAUUGCCCAAACAGACAGUUUCACAACUUCUGCAGUUCCAGGGCCACGAUGUACCGACUGUCCCAAAUGCUGAAAUUCGGAAAAUUCGAUUUGCCGAGUAUGGUAUGCCAGGACACCCUGAAGGUCUGAAAGCAAUGGCAGUCGUCUCAGCCAUGAAUGAUUUUCCUCUCAGAUUCGAUGUGCCGGCACUAGCUUUUGAAAUACUACUGCCAGAUUGUUACGAUGACUACCUGUUGUUCGCAACUGCAAAGACUGAUGUCAUCCACAUCCUACCGAAGCAAAAUAUUACCGCAAGCGUGGUCGGAUUGGUACAACAACUACCCACGUCUUUGACAGCGGCCUGUCCAGGUACAAAGACCUCACCCUUGGAUAGUCUGGUUGCAGAUUAUCUGGCUGGAAAGAACACGACUGUCUACAUUCGUGGAGGAGAACAAGACCCUGACACGCCUGGCUGGAUCGGAAAGUUGUUCCACGAAACAACCCUGCCAUUUUCACUGCCAGGACAUCCGUUCGACAAUCUGAUCAAGAAUUUUUCUUUGACCGAUGUUCAUGUAUCCUUGCCAGAUCCAUUGACCGAAUCUCGACCAAAACUCUCUGCAAACGUCAAAGUCCUCGUAGGACUACCUCCUGAAGUUAAUGUCAACUUGGAUGUCGAUAGAGUCCGAGCCGAUGCGGAUGUGUUUUACAAAGGUGAUCUACUGGGAAAGUUGGAUUUGAGCAAAUGGCAAAAGGCCAAUGCAUCACAAAUAGACAGUGACUUACUGGUUCAGUCGGUCGUGGAAGAAGCACCCUUGGAAAUCAAGGAUGAUUCGGUAUUUUCCAAAGUUGUCCAACAACUGCUUUUUGGCAAGGGCGCUGCACUUUCGGUUCGCGCAACCGUCGACGUCAAUACUCUUACGGCUCUGGGUGAAUUCGUGGUUCGGGGAGUUCCAGCACAGGGGGACAUUUUCCUCAAACCGAUGACUGGAAAUUUCAAGAUGCCAGAAAUAAAGGGUAUGGAAGUCGUCGAUACAUCGGAAACCUCAUUGACUCUGCAGGCAAGGGUUAAUGUGACUAAUCCUACCGACUAUUCGGCCUCGAUACCGUAUUGCAAUGUCAGCAUCUGGGUCAACGACACCCGAGUCGGUUAUGCUUGGACAUCAUCGGUCAAUAUCGUGCCUGGCCCGAAUAACGUUGUGGCCAGAGCUGCGUGGGAAGUUGGAGCUGUCGGAAGAGAGUGGCUUUCACAGUUUAUCUCUGGCUAUAACACGACAUUGACAGUCAAAAGCCAUGCUAGGUCAAUACCCAACUUUCCCGAUCCGAAGCUGGAAAUGACAAUACCAACGCCACAUAUGUUUGGCCAUUUUUUAAGGGAAACCACGAUGCAUAUAUUAUCAUCUACCGCGACGUUUGUUCUAAUGUCUCCCUUCGCUAUGUACAUCAAUGACAUCUCGGCGUCUGCUUUUUAUAAUGGUUCAGAAGUCGGCACGAUAGAUUGGGAUUACCCCUUCGCGAUCGAAGCAGGCGAAAAUGUCACACCCAGGCUACCUGUGGCAUGGGGUAGCAAUGCAUUGGGAACGAUUCGAGAAGCUUUAGGUGGAACCCUGAAACUGGAUGCCAAUGCUGACGUCGGGGUCAGAAUCGGUCAAUGGCAGGAACGAAUAUGGUAUGAGGGUCACGGAUUGGGAGCGAAGAUAAGACUAUGA